GGCGUUGAAGGAUGCUGGGAAAUGUGUCAAAUGAAGCCCCGCCCCUAGCAAUAUAUCUUACGUCAUAUGAAAUCAUCCAGUAUCCUAGAGACGUUUCAGGUCCAUCAACACUUCGCUGCUGGGCACGACCUGCGGGACUCUGAGGCUGAACAACACGCAGAAAAACAGAAAAACUGUCACCAGUCCGGGGCGAAGAUGAAGCUGCAUCCAUUACCUCUGCUGUGUCUGUCCCUUCUUUUGUUUCAUUUAUCAAUGGCCAAGAGAGGAGGCAGCUUUGGGAAAAGCUUCGGCUUCGGCUCAAAAAAGAAGGGCUCCACACCUAACCGAGGCAACACUAACACCAACAAAAAUAAUCAGGGCUCCAACUCUCAGGCUGGAUACCCCAGACAGCCUGUGAAAACCAAUCAGCAUCCGCAGUCAGGCAGACCGGGGUAUCCAGGUAGUUACCCCCGGCAGCCGGCUGGAGGCUACCAGAACCAAGCAGGGGGCUCCUAUGGAGGAGGAUACAUGAACAGAAACCCAAACAACAAAGUCCUGAGCCCACAAUAUGGUGGCAGUUUUGGACACGGGGGCUAUGGAGCUCGGGGUGGCUCUCCCUUUUCCCACUCAGUUCAGUCAAUGGGCAUGUAUCCCUCUGAUAGGUCCAGAGGGUUUGGACGCAGUGCAGUGAUGGGAGUAGCUGGAGGGGCUAUGAUGGGGAUGGCUCUGGGCUACGGGCUAGGGAGGUUCCCCCGUCCCCCCUACAACUUCCACAACUCCCAGGAGGAGCAGCACUACAACAACUAUAUGUACAGGAAAUACGGUUCCAAGUCCACUGAUGCCAACGACUACAGCAGAGACUACAAAUACAUCCAACCUCCUGAAACCUAUGAUAGCUACAUGGACUCCUGCAUGAAGAGAACAGACAUUCUGCGGGCGGAGAAUCCAAAAACAAACAACAACCCAGCUGCUACCACCUCAACCCCCGCCCCUGGAACAGGAAGUAACACAAAGGAGACGAACAACACGGCAGCGGAUAACUCCUCAACCCAUGCACCUUCUACUCCACGCCCUCUGAACCAGCCUGAAGCUGAUCCUGUGCCCUCAGCAUCACAGGGUCCCAACAGUGAUGAUGAUGAUGAUGAUGAUGACGAGGAUACAGUCAGCAUUGUUGAGAUCGGAUACCCCGCCCUGAUGGAGCAGAUGCAGGCCAGGAAAUGCUUGGAGCUGUACUUGAUCUUCUCUGAAAAGUACAUAAAGAAACAGAUGAGUGGUGUUCAGGGACUAGUGGGCUCGCGACGGCUUUUAGCUGCGCUCACUAGCGCCACACUAAUGCUUCUGAAUACCAACAUGCUAAUGCUGCUGCACUGAGGCGUUAGUUAGCACUGACGAGAAUGUUAAGUGGAGUCCAGGAAACGAUAAGGGAGAAAGAAACCUGCUUCCUUUUAUAGGACUUCCUUUUCUUUUGUGGAUUUCUACUUUUACCUUUCCUUAAUAUUCCGGCAUUAGAUCCUCAUGCAUGUGCUUGACCACACAGCUGGCUUGGGAUGGCCUGAUCUCAGAGAUUGGGAUCUGGGCUGAGUUAGGCUUUCUUUGACUGUAUUGAGCUAGUGAGCAUGAUCCAACCCUCCUUUUUUCUGCAGCUGUCACACAGCUUCUAACGUGCAGCUUUCAGAUAACAGAGGAUUUGUUUUUUAAUUAUUUGUUGUUUCAUAAAAAAUAAAAAACACUUAGUCAUAGCUUCGGAUGCAGGGACUGAUUUUCUUAAUGCUUUGCAAAGCAAUUCAAUUCUCAGUUGUUUAAAACUAAAUCUGUGUGUACCUGGAGUGUGCACUGUGCAGCUUUUUAGAAGCUCAAUAUUGAAUGCACUUGACUGAAGCAUCCGUUGCACACAGCAUUGCAUCUUUGAAAUAUGAUUCAAGGAAAGGAGAGGAAAAGGUUAGACAUGAAAGCCAGAGAGAAACUAAUUGCACUUGAGUGAGUGGCCAUUAACGCUACUGGCCAUAAGCUUUUGAUGGUAGAGAAGUUUGGCCCAUUAAUAUCCAUUUAUAUUCUACUGAACAUGAGACAACAUAAGAGGCAGAGAACGCUCUCUACGUAUAAAGGUUACUCAUUCUUCCAGGUUUGUGAUGUGAUUUUCAGAAACCUAGUCCUUGUAGAUGUUUUUCUUUUGUCUCGGAGGAAAAAGCACAAGAGAGGGUUAGGGUUAGUAGGUUAGUUUGUACCUGAUGCUGCAUUGGAAAUAUGUACAUGUGCUUUUUCAGUGUGAUAUUAUUAUAUGAAUUGAAGGGAUAUUGAUGUUGGAGGACUGUGUGAUUCAAGGAAAGUAUCAAUUUAUACUGGACUUUAACUUAUUUAUUAUUCUACCUUGACACAUUUCUGUGCUUUAGAGAGGUUUUACACUGAGCUUACUACUGUAGCUUAAAACAUGAAUGGACUUUUAUCAUAUAAGUUCCAGUGAAAUACAGAAACUCACCUCAAACACUGAUUAUAAUAUCUGUCUGUAUUUGUUUUCUUCGGAUGAACCGACUCUAAGCACAGUAUGCAUGAUGUUCUCUUACACUUCUUAAAUUACUUACUUUGGAAUCAAUGCAAAACUGCUUUUCUUUCAUAUUUAUGUAUGUUGUUUUUUACCCUUUUCCAUGUGUCGGGUCCGGAGAUUGAACUGUGUGUUGUAUACACUUCUCCUUCCUCUCUCUGAUCCAAUGUGUUUUUCUUCUUGUGCCCUGGGUAGGAUGUGAUUGCAGAAGUGCUCUUGAAGUUUAACCCUUAAACUUAUUAGUUUAUUGUUGCUAAACCUGCACAUAUGGAUAUGUACAAGUGCAUUAGACUUAUACAAUACUUUUUGUUUUACAAAUAUAUAAAAGCGAAUUGCAUUAAAAAAAAAACGAAAUGUUCUCUGGAGUUUUAAAUGCAUCAGACAGUUUGAAUUAAAAAUGUCCAUAACAUAUAAAAAAAUAAGCUGUUAGAGCUAAAUAAAAACAUUGCCACCUUCUUGUUGGUAUACAAUCCUCUCUGCUAAUUCAGCCUUCACUCUUGAUUUCUCCAUUUAUUACUUUGUUCAUUGGUGGAAGAAACAUUUAAAUGAAAUAUGUAUUGUAGUACCACCACACUGUAAAUACUCCACCUUAAGUGAAAGCGCUGAAUUUAAAACCUUAGGAAAGUAAAGAUGUGUCUCUAAGUUAGAGCUGCUAAUAUGAAUCUAUAAGUUGUUCAUUAUUACAUUUCUUUACUGUUUUGACAAAUAUUCCUCUGAUAAGCUUCUUAAAUGUGAAUAGUUUCUAGUUUGUUCUUUCCUCUAUGACAGUGAACUGAAUUUCUUUGAAUUCUGGAUAAAACAAGAGUAAGGACAAACCAAGUAAGCUAGCGUAAAAUGGAGAUGCUCAAGUAAGGAACAAGCCCUUGAAGUGUUUUAUUUGAGUGAAUGUAUUUAGUUACAUCCCAGCGCCAAACCAGGUAACUCACAUUUCAGAGACAAUCACUGAGCUAAUAGCCAAAGCUUGUUUGGACUGUAGAACCAUAUCAUGAAAAACCCCAAGGUGUACCUUGUAAUGUGUUUUUAUAUGUACCCUAUAAUUGUGUCUGGCUUUGAAUGUACGUGAAAAUGCACAGUAAUGUAUUUUAAGCAAAGUAUGCAUUUUACUGUGAGGGAUCACAUUUAAUGUGCAGCUGAAACUUUACUGAAUACUGAGGGUCGACUCACAUCUCUUGCUUGUCAAAUAAACCCUAUAAAGCUACUCAUGGACAUGUUUGGAUCAUCGUUUUUCCACUGAAAAAGGCUGUAGUGAUGUUGAAAAUAAGCAUUAUAUUGAAUGCUUUUAUGGGAAUCUGUUGGGAAAAUACUAAUAUCAGAGUAGCACAUGAUAACAAAGGCCCUACGUAGCUGUGUACGUAACAGAAUGUAUGAUAGAAGAGCGUCAGGACACUGUUUUAGGCAUAUGAUAGCUAUGUGACAACGAUUAACAUGAUGAUUCAGCCUCUAUGGAGAUAAACAUCUGACUGUCAUGUUUAUUUCUUACGCAGGCCUUAGCUAAUCUGAACUAAACAUUGAAUACUGCUUUGAACCGGUAUUCCUCCAUCCUGUGACUGUAACAUCCUCUCUUGUAUAUAAGCAUGUGAAGGACACUGUUCUGGGAAUUAUUCUUCCCACGCAGCUCUGUGUGUGAUGAUUACUUCCAUUCUUGCAAGGAUAAUAAAUACAUGUAUCCUGAUAUUGAAGACCAA